GCCAAAUUGAGUUCAGUAAGAUACGCCAAUUUUGUGGUCACGCCACUAAAUAAAGCCUAAACUAGACGGAAUUAUUGACAGUCGCACAAAAAAAAAUGGUGGAGUUGGAAGUGUUAAACGCAAAAACCACCAAGCCCUUCGGCAAGGUAAAUGCAACUUCAUCCUCAACAGUUAGCGAGCUGCGCGUUGUGAUUCACAAAACACUCAAGCAAACUCCGCAUGCCGACCGCAUAUCGCUGCGCUUGGAGCCGCGUGGCAGGAGUUUAAAGGACACCGAUUCGGUAUCAUCGCUCAACUUGGGCAAUGGGGACAAAGUCUACAUUAAGGAUCUGGGACCACAAAUUGGCUGGAAGACCGUUUUUCUGGCUGAAUAUGCAGGUCCUCUAAUUGUUUAUCUGCUAUUCUAUUUUCGGCCGGAGCUCAUUUAUGGCAAGGCAGCUGGGAAUCCCAUUACGCUGACCACGCAUAUCGCCGCUGGCUGUUAUACGGUUCACUAUGUGAAGCGUUUGCUGGAGACGAUCUUUGUGCAUCGCUUCUCGCACAACACGAUGCCGAUCCGCAAUCUUUUCAAGAAUUGCAGCUACUAUUGGGGCUUUACCGCCUACGUGUCCUACCACGUCAAUCAUCCCCUGUACACCUCACCCUGCAUGUGCACAGUUUGGGCGGCACUCGCUGCCUUUGCGCUCUGUGAAUUGGGCAACUUUUCGAUACACAUUGCUUUGCGCAAUUUGCGUCCACCGGGCACCAAAGUGCGUAGGAUUCCCGUGGCCGACAGCAAUCCUUUGACGAAGCUCUUCAAUUUGGUUUCCUGCCCCAAUUACACAUAUGAGAUUGGUGCCUGGGUCUGCUUCUCGGCGAUGACUUCCUGCUUGCCUGCUUAUCUCUUUGCCUUCGCCGGCGCCUUCCAGAUGACCGUCUGGGCUCUGGCCAAGCAUCGCAAUUACAAGAAGGAAUUCAAGGAUUAUCCAAGGGCUCGUCGUGCCAUCUUCCCAUUUGUACUCUAAGCAGAUAUACAAAAUGAAGUACAAUUAAUAACAGCUUGCAGGCUGUAUUUAUUCCAUUCCAUUUCUUAGAAUUGUUAGCUAUAUAUAAAUGGGUAGUAAAUGUUCGGACAUUGA